GUCUUCCAUAAAGGCGCUGGUGCAGGUGCUCUGUCUCUUCGGGGGAGGAUGCCAUAGGAAGGACGGGCAGGGGGAAAAAAAUGAAGGAAAAAAAACGCUGAGAGAGGAGAGCACAGGAUAUGAUAAGCAGGGUAUCAGACUGGAAACGGAGGACACUGAAUAUGAAAGAUUUAUUGAAAGGGGCACUUUGAGCUAUUAUUCCUGGUUGGCAAUAGUACUAUGAUUUGGUAUGUGGCCACUUUGAUAGCAAGUGUUUUCAGCACCCGAGGAACGGCAGCUCAAGGUGCCCACGGAGUGAGAGAGGAGCCCCAGUUUGUGACGGCCCGUGCAGGAGAGAGUGUUGUUUUGGGAUGUGACGUGAGCCACCCCCUAAACGGCCAGCAGACUCCCUAUGUGGUGGAGUGGUUCAAAUUCGGUGUGCCUAUUCCCUUCUUCAUCAACUUCCGUUUCUAUCCUCCUCAUGUGGACCCUGAGUACGCCGGUAGAGCCAGUCUGCAUGGCAAAGCUUCUCUGCAGAUCGACCAUGUGCGCUCGGAAGACCAGGGCUGGUACGAGUGCAGGGUCCUCAUGCUGGAACAACAAUACGACACCUUUCACAACGGCAGCUGGGUUCACCUCACAGUCAACGCGCCCCCUAUGUUCACGGACACGCCACCUCAGUACGUUGAGGCGAGGGAGGGUGGCAGCAUUACUCUGACCUGCACUGCCUUCGGAAACCCCAAGCCGGUGGUCACCUGGCUGAGAGACGGGGAUCAGCUGACCAGCACAAAGAAAUACACGGUGAGUGACGGCAGUCUGACGGUGCAGGCCAUCACUCGGGAGGACCGGGGGGCCUACAGCUGCCGUGCCCACAGUGACCAGGGGGAGGCGCUACACACCACCCGCCUUCUGGUGCAAGGUCCUCCAUACAUCGUGUCACCACCUGAGAACAUCACUGUUAACAUAUCCCAGAAUGCCCAAUUUACGUGCCAAGCAGAGGCGUAUCCUGGCAACCUGACCUACACCUGGUACUGGGAGGAGGACAACGUCUACUUCAAGAAUGAUCUGAAGCUCCGCGUUCGCAUCUUUAUUGACGGAACCCUCAUUAUCUACAGAGUGAAGCCAGAGGAUGCUGGGAAAUACACCUGCAGCCCUAGUAACAGCCUGGGCAUCUCCCCCUCUGCUUCAGCUUACCUGACCGUGCAAUACCCCGCCCGUGUUGUGAACAUGCCACCUGUCAUCUACGCCCCAAGAAAGUUGCCGGGAAUCAUUCGCUGCCCAGUGGAUGCCAACCCCCCAGUUACGUCAGUCCGAUGGGAGAAAGAUGGCUACCCCCUCAGAAUCGAGAAGUAUCCUGGAUGGAGUCAGAUGGCGGACGGAAGCAUUCGGGUGGCAGAGGUCACUGAAGACUCCCUUGGCACCUACACCUGUGUGCCUUACAAUGUCCUAGGUACCAUGGGACAGUCCCCUCCGGCCACUCUGGUGCUAAAGGACCCCCCUUACUUCAACGUGAGCCCCGGGGGGGAAUAUCGUCAGGAGGCGGGAAGAGAGCUGGUCAUCCCCUGCGCUGCUUCUGGAGACCCUGAGAUUCCAACCAUCGUAUGGAGAAAGGUUGGGAAGCCCAGCAGAAGCAAACAUAACAUCUUACCAAGUGGUAGCUUGCAAUUUGUCUCUCUGAGCAAAGAGGAUCAUGGGGAGUGGGAAUGUGUUGCCACCAACGUAGUAACAAGCAUCACUGCCAGCACACGCCUUUUUGUAAUAGGCACUAGUCCACAUGCGCCAACUAAUGUCCACGUGUCAGCAUCCACAAGCUCCGCUAACGUUUCCUGGGAACCUGGAUAUGACGGAGGCUUUGAACAGACGUUCUCGGUCUGGUAUGGCCCGGUAAAGGUGAAGAAUGAUUUAGGGCCACAUGACUGGCUGUCCAUACCUGUGCACGGCUCUCAGACGUGGUUGGUGGUCCAGGGGUUGGAGCCAAAGACUGCCUAUGAAUUUAGUGUGUUGGCCCAGAACAAGCUGGGCACUGGUCCCUUCAGUGAGGUAGUCACUGUGACUACAGGAGGGUAUCCUAUAAGUACCCCUGAACCACUGGUGCUUCUAACUCCACCACGGUGCCUCACAGCCAACCGGACACAGCAGGGUGUAUUGUUGACAUGGCUUCCUCCAGCCAAUCACUCUUCACCAAUUGACCGUUACAUCAUCGAGUUUCGUCUGGGGGAAAGAUGGGAGGUUCUGGAUGACUUAAUUCCAGCCACUGAGACUGAGAUCAUAGCAAGAGAUCUUAUUCAGGACUCUUGGUAUGAAUUCCGAGCGCUGGCUGUAAUGGAUGAUCUUGUCAGUGAGAGCAGUAAUGUGGUGGGAGUGUCAAGUACAGACCCCUUCCCUCCCACAGAGAUCUCAGACGAGGGGCUGGCCAAGCCAGUGGUGGCUGGCAUCGUGGCCACCAUCUGUUUCUUGGCGGCUGCCAUCCUCUUCAGCACACUUGCUGCAUGUUUUGUCAACAAGCAGCAUCGUCGCAAGCUCAAACGCAAACGAGACCCUCCACUAUCGAUUACGCACACAAGGAAAAGCAUUGAAUCUCCGCUGUCCUCUGGGAAGAUCAGUCCUGAGAGCAUCACUUCCUCCCGGCCCCCAUCUCUGGCCAGCCUGGGUGGCCAUGGUCUUUACGUUAAGAAGUUGCCAAGCCCCAGGAAAGAGAAAGAGCUUUCCCUCUAUAAGAAAACCAAGAGAGCAAUAACCAGUAAGAAGUACAGCGUGUCCAAGCACGAGGCUGAGGUCACCACGCCCAUCGAGCUGAUCAGCCGUGGACCUGAUGGCCGAUUCGUCAUGGAUCCCAGUGACAUCGACACAUCCCUCAAGCCACGACGCAUUGAGGGUUUUCCUUUUGUGGAGGAAUCAGACUUGUAUCCUGAGUUCCGCCAAUCAGAUGAGGAGAACGAUGACCCAGGGCCCCUACCCCCAGUCAUGGCCACCCUCAGGCCCCAGAUAUCCGUGUCCUCCAGCCAGGAGUCCUACAUGCAGCCCCCAGCCUACAGCCCCCGGUUCCAGAGGCCUAUGGAAGGUAUGAGCAUCUCGGAGGGUAGUCGGCUUCAGGCCACAGGGCAGAGCCGGGUCUCCCAUUUUCACAGGGUCUUCCCUCCAGGCCCCUUCUAUGGCUAUCUAGGUAGUGGUGCUGAGGUGGAGCUUCACCCUCCUUUUUACAUGCCUGAUGUUAGUCCACGUAGCUCUGCCAUGUCCUCCUCACCUUCAUACCCCCCUGAGGGGCCGUUCCGCCAUCCCACCAUCCCAGAGGAGAGGGAGGAGCUGAGGAUCCAUCAGUAUGGCGCCUCCGGCCACACCCUUCCACUGGUGCAUAGCCCUCCCUCCUCUCGCUCGACCGAGAUCUGGCAGCCUCCUGACUUCCCCUUUCUAGGUCAGGAGGGUCCCCGUCUCGCUCUUCCACCACGUCAUUCCUCAUAUCUCCACCGGGACCUCCCCGAGCCCCCGCCAUACCCCUCCCAUAGUCGUACUCUUAGCACCACCUCUCAGCUCCCUUCAAGCUCUGCUUUUCUUCAGCUGGAGGCCCCUAGAGCCCACCUGAGCAGAUCUCCCGGCAGGUUUCCGCCUCAGGGCCCUUCAGCCAAGCAUAUAACUAUGCAACAGUCCCAGACUCUGGGGCAGUUGAGACACACUGCCCACGGUAUGGGCGUACCAGUGUUGCCUUACUUAGGCGCCACAGCCCGCAUGGGGAGCCCAAGCACACUGCACAGUGAGAGCUCGGACGGCUGGAGGUCUGAGGCCCAGCCUUGGCUGAGUCCCAGGGCGGCACGAAGGAUGGAUCUCGGCCUGCAGCAGGUGGUCCUGCAGCCGUCACGACUCUCCCCUCUCACCCAAACCCCUCCCAGCUCACACACCGGCUCUCCAGACAUUCUCGUCCGCCCUCCUCCCCGCCCCAGUAUCCUGCGGUCUUCCCGCUCUCAAGAGAUGCCCGAGAGUGCCCGUCACCCUGCCAGUGUCUCCUUCUCCCGAAGGUCUCUCUCCUCUUCCCCUGCCACUUCACCUACUCAAGGCCAGAGUGGCCAGCGGCCCAGCCUCAGCUACCAUGCCCACAUGGCCUUUGCCACAUCCGCGGCCAGCUACCCCUCCCAGUCCCCUUCACCUCCUGCGGAGAGCAGUGAUGCUUUCGGCCAGAUGCCAUCUCAGAGAAGGACAGAUGAGGAGAUGCUCCCCUCAGAACCCUCUCCAGGGGAGCAUCUAGGUGCAGUGAGAGUCUCUGCAGGGUCUGAGAGCGUUGAAGCACUGAUUUAUUAUUGUAUUAAUAAAGCCAAGAAAUCAACAGCCAACAAGAACAACAACUCCAGAUUCAAGAAAAGGACAGAUGUGUCCACCUCUCAGACCCAGCAGCCGCAUGCAUCUCAGGCCUCUGAGCAAAGAGAACAUCUCAGCUCUCCCUCAAAGAAAAAGUGGAAAAGUACACUUAGAAAGUCCCCCUGUCUUCAUCUGUCCUCUCUGCUGCGUUGGCUACACCCCAGAGAAGACAGAAAAUCCCUCCUGGCCAGUAUGGACCCUGUCCCCUCAAACUAUAGUUCUCUGCUCUAAGAGGCAACCCACCAAAAAAAAAAAAAAAAAAAAAAAAACACACUAAAACUUAACCUGUGGGGGCAGAUCGUCUCCUUGUCCAUUAGCAAAAAUGUACAAUGGACAAGCUUUCAGUACUGUUUUGUAAACAGUCUAAACUAGAUAUGAUUUAUUAUGUUCUCCGGUUGGCACAAUAUACUACACAUAUCUGAAUUUUCUGUAAAUUUACACAAAGGAAAAACGUACCGGGGUGCUUUUUGGAAUAAAUAGAAAAGAACAGGACAAAUGCUUUUCAUUUGAUAAUAAAACGAAAAUAAUAGCAUUCCAUUACAUGCUAGGAAAAAUCUUGCUGGCCACUUUAGUUUUUGUCAUAACGUUGUCAGAACUGUGUAUAUUGUGAAGGAUAGAGUUAAAUGCUCUGUACAAAUAUGUCUCUCAAGACGUGAUAGUUACUACAGGGUUACUUUUCUUCCUUCUACAAAAUAUACCUCAAAAAAAGAAAAAAAAAAGAAAAAAGAGAGAGAGAAUAGAAAAAAAUAAGAAAAGGAAUAAAUAAUCUGGAACAUAUUUCAGCACUUCUAGCAUAUUUUGUGCAAGAUAGAUUACAAAACAUGAGGGAAUAUUUGUAAGCCCAGAAAUGACAUAUAAAGCACAGAAUAUCAGAGAAAUUGUAAGCUUGAAAAAAAAAAUGAUUGCAGUACUGGACUGGACCUGUGACAAUGUUUGAACAGUUAUUCGGAUUUUGUAAAUUUCAUGCAAAGGUGGAAUUGAAAACUUGUUUCUUCUUAUUUAUUUAUUUUUUUAUUAUUAUUUGCCAUUAUAUUUGACUAAAAUUAUUGGAUAGCUUUAAGGCACUUUUUAUCUAUGUGUGGAGGAAGAUUAAUAUUAGCCCCCUGCUGAAAAAUGAUUCAGGUUCACAUUCAAUUUUAGAAAUAUCCUUUUUGACAUGUUCAGAUGACAUAAGUGCAAAUGUAAUAUUUAAACUGAAGUAGAAUUACUUGGUCCUUGUCUUGCACAAAUGUAGUUAGAAGUGGUGAAAUGCAUUAUUAAUCUUUUCGUCACUUCCUUGAAGUAAAUCAUUUGUUAUAUGUUUGCUUUGGACAUACAGUACACCAAGGAAGUACAGUAGAUAUUGUGCAGACUAAUGAAGACAUCAAUAUAACAUAGAAAAACGAAAUAGUCCUUAUUCUAAUCAGUUGAAAAAAGAUUACCAGUCUUCUUGGUUACUUACAAAAGUGAACCUCCAAAAGUAGCUUGACUCUUUUUGAAAAAAAAAAAAAAAAAGUAAAAAAAAAUUAAGGAAAUUGUAUUGUAAUCUUUCCUAUUUGCCAUCCAUCACAGCUUAUCUGAUGACAUAGCAAAGUUUGUGUUAUUUGAAUUAAUGAUGAGUUUAGUAUUUCUAAAGGAUGUUAAUUGUCUCUAGAGUUCACUAACAGCUGCUGAUCUGCUACCUACAGUGAAAGCUAAUGGAGCGUGUGUUAGUGUAGUUUAACCGAUGGUGAAUGUAUGAUUUGCUCUUAGAAGUUCAGAUUUAUCUGCAUAUUUUCAAUGUGAUGUUUCUCUCUUUUACGCGCCAAAAUUUAUCUUCUUCUUCUGCUAAUGGAAUUUAAUAAUGAGGUACGAUGGAAAAUUGAAUGAAAUCUCAUGCAUUACUUGAAUAAGGCUGAAUAUCCAAGCAGGAAACACUGGGGAAAAUUCUGUGCAUAGAGAUUUGUAGUAGCCAUUUUUAGUUAAGAGGAUUUGACUUGAGUGCCCAAAGGGCUUUUUACUUUGUCUUUCCUUUCUCUCUUUCUUUUUUGUACAACUCUUUUAGUCAACGUGAACACGACUGCUCAGACAUCUUAAUUCGAGCUAUUCAGUAUUAGGUCAGCAGACUCCAUUGCUUAUUUCUAUGUACGUCUCCGUCAUUACUAGCGUUUUCCACCUCACAUGGUGCGAUUCGUAAAGCUGCUUUAAUCGUGUAGUCUCUUGAGAGGAGCAGGGCAGUGUUUGUUUUUAGAUAUUCCUUAUUACCUGCCUUUAGCUGUCAAGAGAAGUGUUAAACUUAGACUUAACUCUGUUUUUGCUAUGUGUUUUGUCAAGUUCUGUCAAGAACUCAUUGCUAACAAGUCUCACAACAACUACAUAAUGUUUACAUGAUCUAGAAAUAUAACGUGCAAGGAUGUAGGCACAUUGUACACAUUAUGACUUGGUGCUAUGUCUUUUUGAACUCGUGGUGCUGUGGUUCAGAGGUUAACACACAAACUCACGCACAGUCCUCUGUCUUAAACUAACUAAACUAGCUCCGUUGUGAUUUCCGUUGUCGAGUUCUCCUGGUGAGUAGGACUGCAAGCAAUAAAACCUCCCUCACAGGGCAGGUCCUGUGCGCUCACUCUCUUUAAGUAUGAAAAUGGUUAAAGUUGUUAAAUAAAGUUCGGCUUUUGACAUUCAAUAUGUGCUUACAUUAUCGCGUGAACGUUCAUUGUCACCAUGAAUAAAAACCUGUGUAUUUAGACAGAUUUAUAAAGAAGAACUUGCCAGUCUUGAGGAGGCAACAUAUCAAUGUAUAAUCCAUGAAAUGUACCCACGGUAUGAUAGUAAAUUUUUCAUUUAGCAUGGAAAGGACCUGGUAACUCAAGUUGGUGGCGGUCUGACUCGUCAAGCGGCGGUAUUUCUGUUUUAUAGUUUUUUUUCUUGGACACGAUGGAGUGAUGCAUCCUCGCAUAAAGCUGUCACGCUGAUUUAAGAUGCACAUGCAGUGUCGCUGUAUAUCUGUGGAUGGUGAUUGAUGGCAUUUUCUUCAGCUCCUCUGAUCUUUGAAGGGAGAACCCGACUGAAAUGUUUCUCUUGAAUAUAUAUAUGAUACUGUACAGGUAGAUACGCCCCCUUUUGCUUGUGUAAGAGGGCUCAUUUGCAGGAAGCAUCAUAUCAGCUCUUUGAUUGCCUGUAUUCAGAUUUGUGCUUACUUAUGGUGCUUCGUGAAACUUUAUUUUCUUUUUUGUGUUGAUUGAACAUAACUAACCUUGCAUAAUCAAGAUAUUUCACUCGUUCGGACCUAUCUGUCUUGUUUCAGAUAAUGUACAUCUUUUUGUUCUCGAUUCUUUUGCUGUUCAUAUUAACCAGCACUGAAAACUUAGAAUGUAAUACUGCAUUAUGCACUAAUUUACGACUGUUUUAACAUUAAACCUCAUACUUAGAGCUUAUUGGAAGCAUAUUUCAAAUUGCAUUGUGCUUUUUAACUGCUUUUGAAUUUGUGUUGUACAUUGUUUACAUAUUAUAUUAUCUAAAGAUGUGUUCUGGGCAAACAUGUUUUUCAUCCUGAUCACUUUACAUGCAAUGUAUAAGAGACUGUUUCUUAUGUGAAGAAAAAGAUCAUAGAAUAUUUUUUUUUCUUUCAGAUUUAUUUGAUUGAAUGACUUGAUCGAAGGCUUCUUUUGUUAGUUCAUCUAAUUUAUUUCAGGUAUUAUUCUUAAACAGUAUGGUGCUGUACCAAAGCCUUAUGUACAAUAUUAUUAUGAUGCAUUGUUUGAUUCUUCUGCCACUGCUAAGGAAUUCUCCAAAUUGCUAGACAACUCUGAUUAUGAAACAAGGUGCAGUGUGCCUCUAUCUCCUUGUCCCUGAUUAGUACUUCACAGUAUUUUUCUUGGGCAUUCGGUGUCUCCACAUACUCAGAUGUUAAGAUAUGGUGCCUGGUGUGUCUUCAUGCUGCUAGGAGUAAAUGUUAAAGAUGUUUUGUAUCUGUACUACCAACCGUUUAAGUAUGACAUUGACCUCCACAAUAACUCAGCUGGACACUUCGAUUAAGCAUCUUGAUAUUAAAAGGGAACAACUCUGCAGUAAGCAAAGGCAUUUUUAGAGAAUAAAGGCAAUCCCAUUAUUAUUUUAUUUUUAUUCUAUUGCUUUCAUCAUUUUUAAUAAGUCUUGCUCGAAUAAUACUCCAAUCAAAAAGAAUAUGCUAUCCUGACAAAUGAAUUUUCCUUGUGAGUUACAUCAAUACCAGACCUGGGAAUGAAACAUAUGGAGUGUUAAGUGUGUGUGUUUGUGUGCUGUCUUUAACAGCCCAAUAGAAGUUCUGUAUAGCGGAGCCGUUCAAUUUGCAUUGUUUACAUCACCAGAUAUGCCCAGAUAUGCACAUUUUGGCAAGCUCUGUUAGGUUGACAUUUUCCAACGCUUUGGUCCAUGUAAUAACCCCGUAAAACUUUUUGUAUUUUGAUAUAAUAAUAAUAAAAAAAGAUCAAUUAUA